UGGCAAUACGUUUAAGACUCUGGACUGAUUAGUUUAUACUUCAUGCAAGUGAAGUGAUUAACUUCUAGUAUUUAUGGAGGUGCUCUUCAUUUAAAUAACUCUUAAAGUUGUACUUAGAUUUCUUGUUCCGACGUACUUUGAAUGCGGCAUUAGAGACGAGUCUGUUGCUGAUGACGGAGAGGCUGUGCGUCCUGGUAAUCAUGCCUUCAUUUAACUGGAGAAAAACCAGACCUGUUUAACCACAGUCCUUGGGAAUUUUGGUUGCCGUGAGUUGUAUUUAUAAAUACCUAAUUAUAGCUAAUACCUUCAGAUCUUGUUUAGCUACUGCUGAUAUUUUUAAGCAGUAAAGUCGAUUUGUAAGUGGUAUUUGGACCAGGAAUGACCCAUACAGAAUGUGUAAUUUUUGUGAUCAGAUUAUAAAGAUUAUACUUUAAGUAUUUUUAUUAAAAUAUAAGUUAAGAAUUACUACUGUUUCACAUACAUGUGAACAUUUAGCAGAUUUACACAUUCAAACAUGGGAUCUACCUUGUUAUUGCAAGUCAGAGUCUGCUUAAUGUCACCACAGCUGAUUUCCACAGCACGUUUUCUAUGCACAAGAGACAUUAAACCAAACCUGAGAGGCAGACAGGUGGACAGAACGAACAGUGGACAGACUAGAAUAGUAAACAAAGCUAUCAGACAAGCCACAGAGGAUGAAAAAAGAAAGAAAUCUGGCGUGCUGCCUCAGACUUCCUUUCCCAAAUCCGUUUUUGCUGCUGGGACGGCAAAGAGGACAGCAGAACUAAUGAAGAGGAAGGCACCACUAGUCUUUCAGGAAGAAGAGCAACAUGAAGAUGCCCAUAGACACAGUGCGGUUACAAAAGCAGUAAACCAAAGGUAUUUCAAAGGAGUGCUUCAUCCUCCCGAACGGCCUCUGACUCCUGCUGAGUGGAUGAAGCUGAGGGAAUCUCUGGGAAACCCGGAACGUUUCGACGUCCGGAUGUUGAACGCGUUGUUCUCUUCUGAUGCAGACCUGAACGUCGCAAAGUCCUUGCUGACCUUUGUGGCAAUGGAAACGGGCACACUAUCCUAUAAGCUGCUGCUAUGCUACCUGACACUGUGUGUGAGCGGUGGCCAUGAUGAUGAGGUGUUUGACGUCUACAGAAUCAUGCGUGGAAGUUUCCCUUCACUGGACACGGGGGCAUCCAGCCUUUUUAUUAAGUCCUUCAGCCGGACUGCAAGGUGGAAGGAAGCAGUUGAGAUCCUGCAGGAGGUCAAAAAGGUUUUUACACCAUCACCACGUAACUAUGGCGAUGUUAUCGCAGCAGCAGUGCAUCACAGUGAUGCGACAACUGCCUGGGGUCUGUACGAUGAACUGAUUAAAAAGGGGCUGAGCCCUCAUCAGGAGACCUGGGAUGUUCUUUUUACCGGCGUGAAGGGGAGUGAGAGGGAAAAAGAAAUGGGAGCCAUGACUGAGUCAGAACAGCAUGAGAGGCUGCUGGGAAUUCUGGUGUACAUGAGGAACAACCAGAUCUAUCCCCAGCAGACCGUUGCAAAAAGGAUAAAGAGCUGGUUUGAGAGUCUCAAUGAACAGAAAUGGACAGCAGCCUGGAGCAGUGCCACCCCAAAAGGUGUGUGUAGGUGUUGUGGGUCAGAGCUGGAGUCCAUCCAGCUGAGUGCUGAGGAGUAUCAGGAGCUGAAGGACAGAGUCAUGACUGAUGUCAUUCAGGGGCAAGAUGUAUUCAACAAGACCACUCCUGAGGAGUUGGAGCGCUUUAAAGUGUUUGUGAAGAGGAAGCCAGCUUUUGAUGUGGUCAUAGAUGGGCUGAACGUCGCAAAUAUCAACAAAGACAAAAGCAAGCAGUCAGAGACGUUGUUGGCGGUGGUGUUGGAGCUGGAGCGUCAGGCCCUCAACAUCCUGGUGCUGGGGAGAAAACACAUGUUGAAGCCCUCCAGAUCCUGGGAUAGACAAAACAUGAACCUCAUCCAGCAGAAAGCCCAUUGCUUCUUUACGGAUAACAUAUCCGAGGACGACCCGUUCCUGCUGUAUGCCACUUUGCAUUCUGGAAACCAUUGUAGGUUUGUGAGCAGGGACCUGAUGAGGGACCAUAAGGCCUGCCUGCCAGAUGGGGCAACUCGGAGGCUCUUCUUCAAGUGGCAGAGGGGCCAUCAGCUGGUGGUGGCUGGGUAUGUCGCAGCCGGCAGGAGGGUCCGAUUUCAGAGUAUUCCCUGCUUUGACACCAUUGUCCAGUCUACAGGAGAUACCUGGCACAUUCCCUAUGAUGACACUGAGGACAGAAGCACUUAUGAAGUGCCACAGCAGUGGCUGUGUCUCACCAAAAAACACUGAACAAAAUUGUUUUAUUCAAACAUUUGUGAAUAAAAUUUUUGAAAUUGUGGACUUAUGAAUAAAACCUUUACAUCUCA